AUGGGGUCAAUAGCCACAGCUGAAAAGGUCGACGUGGUGGUUGUCGGCGCCGGGUGGAAUGGACUCAUAGCCGCCAAGACAUACCUGGACCUAAGCGCUUCAGCGAACUUGAUCAUUAUUGACGAGCAGGCUACGAUUGGAGGGGUGUGGAGCGCUGAGAAGAUCUACCCAUCUCUCUACGCACAGAUCAAUCACGGGUUGUUCGAAUACUCGUUCUACCCGAUGAAACGUGAAGGUAUCACAGAAGAUGGCUACAUAUCUGGGCAGACAAUUCAUCAAUACUUGUGCGAUUUUGCACAGGACUUUGACCUCGUUCGGAGAACACGCCUCCAGACGACGGUAACGAAUGUUUCUCAGCUUGAUGACAAAACAUGGCACCUAGAGAUCUCUGGAAAGCCUCCAGUCGAGUGUAAGAAACUGAUAUAUGCCUCGGGUGCCACCUCGCACCCUGUUGUACCCAAGUGGCCGACGGACGAGACCUUUAGCUCUCCCGUGAUCCAUUCUGCCGACGUUGGAUCACAUCUCAAUGCGCUGGAUAAGAUACAAACCGCGACUGUUUUGGGAGGAGCCAAGUCUGCCUACGACACCGUUUUCUUAUUACUGAAGGCCGGAAAGAAGGUGAAUUGGAUCAUCAGAGAGGACGGUUCCGGUCCAUUGGCUAUUAUGCCGCCCACAAUCUUCGGCCUGAUCAACACAAUGGAUGUGACAACGAUGGGCAUCACUCGAUUGAUGGGAGCAAGCAUUAUGAGCACUGAUGGGUAUGGUCAUCAGUUCUUCCAGAGAACCGCGUUGGGCCGAUUCUUGGCCUGGAUCUUCUGGAUAGCCAUCAAUUGGGUAGCCGACGUUCACGCAGGGUAUUCCAAGUCCGAGAAUGCGACCAAGCUCAGGCCGAAACCAUCCGGGAACGGCAUAUUCUGGGCCCAAGCUGGCGUCGGUGCCGCCAGCGUCCCAUCUUUUUGGAAAACGUUCCAUGCUGGAGAUGUCACCGUCCAUCGCACUAAUUUUGCCUCUUUCCGGGGCACUAGCAUGGUUCACCUGAAGAACGGUACAUCUUUUGAGACUGACUACAUUAUUUUGUGUACCGGAUUCGACAAGUCAUACCAUGUCUUUAGUGAGCAAACGCAACAGAGGUGUGGCCUGGUUCCCACCACGGACCGAAGGGUUGAGUCACACUGGACCAAACUGGAAGCAGAAGCUGUUGAAAAAGUAGACGAGCUUCUCCCACAGUUGUGCAACCCUCCGGCGACUCUGUGGGAGAGUCACGCCCUCGCCAAGGAAGCCGGUGGACGAAGGCUCCUACAUGGCCCAAGCCGACACUACCGGCGACUGAUUGUCCCUAAGCUUGCGGCGUCAGGAGACAGGUCGAUUUGCUUUCCCGGGUUUAUUCACUCCAUCUAUACGCCGUUUGUUGCCGAAACACAAGCGCUUUGGAGCGUUGCUUUCCUGCUCGGGCUACUCGAUCUCCCAUCCCAAGAAGAUAUGGAGACAGAGGUGGCUGAAUGGAAUGUCUGGACGCGCAAGCGUUACAUCUCCCAAGGAAAGAAAAACGCUUAUGCUAUUUAUGACUUUCUGCCGUAUAUCGGCCUGCUGCUCGGCGAUCUCGGGAUCAACGCGAAUCGCAAAAAAGGCUGGUUUGCUGGCCUUUUUGAGGCUACUUACCCACGAGAAUACAACGGUUUGAUUGAGGAAUUUCGUCAAGCUUUGGCUGCCAAAAGCGCACUCAAGAUGAACACCACCGCUGCUGGGAUUCCAAAGAAAGCCAGGUUCGACUGA